CAAAACCUCAGAGAGGAUCGACACUUACAGCAUCACAAAGUUGGGUUUUACAGGUAAUGCUCAGGGAACAUGAGUGAACAAAGACAGCGAGCCCUGUCCACGUCAGGUGAGGCUCUGUACCAGGUGCUCGGCCUUGACAAGAGCUGCACUCACGAUGACAUCAAGAAAUCAUACAGGAAGCUCGCUUUGAAACAUCACCCAGACAAGAACCCGGACAACCCUGAUGCUGCUGAGAAGUUCAAGGAGCUCAACAAUGCUCACUCUGUGCUCUCGGACAUCACAAAACGGAACAUUUAUGACAAAUAUGGUUCAUUGGGGCUCUAUGUGGCCCAGCAGUUUGGAGAGGAGAACGUGAACACUUAUUUUAUGCUCUCCAGUUGGUGGGCCAAGGGUCUGUUUGCCAUCUGUGGCUUGCUGACAGGCUGCUAUUUCUGCUGCUGUUUGUGCUGCUGUUUCAACUGCUGCUGUGGGAAGUGUAAGCCCCGCACUCCUGGAGAGGAAGACCAAGAGUGCUACGUGUCUCCUGAAGACCUGGAAGAGCAGAUUCGCACUGACUCAGAGAGGGGUGAGCACACACUCUAUCUCUAUCUCUCUCUCUCUCUCACACACACACACACACAUUUUAGAAUAUUCAUGCUACUCAGGACCUUAAUUAGCACAAUCAGAUAUGAUGAAGUGAAGUUUAUUUUCCUAUAGCAGGACUUCCCUAAGUGUUUUAUUCCUGUUAUAGCACAGUAUUUACAUUUUUUUUUUUAAAUUAAAGAACAACACAUAUAGCAAUUAUCACUGCUAUAAACAGCCAUUCCCUUAAUAGCUCUAAUGAAUUCUCGUUUCGGAUUGGUUGGAAGGUGUUGAUUCAUUUCGUUUCAUUCAUUAUUUAUUUAUUUGUUUGUUUGUUUGUUUUUACAUAACAGCAGCUAUUACAAUUGUGUAGCUUUAAUAGUUUCUGUAGUAAUGACUUACUUAGGGAGGCUCCACAAAAAAACAGGCUUAUGUUUUCUGUUUAUUUAGCUUUUAAUGAAAGAGUCUCCAAAGUAAAGUUGUAACUUCUAGGCAUUUUAGUAGUUUUGAAAGUAAGUGUGUGUAAUAUUAAUGCAUUACUCUUUUUAAAAAUGUGAAAGUGUAGCCAGAUAUCAUGGAAAACUAUAUUUAAAAAAAAAACUGUGAUUGAAUGACUGACUUUUUCAUACUGUACACAAACCUUUCACAUAUUAGCUUGAUGUCUGGUAUUAAAUCCAGUACACAUUGCACUGAAGAAAAACAAAUCUUAAUACAUUUUCGGUGCGUUUUCUCUGCAGAAGCCUUUCAUAUCAGGGGCCGAAACAUAGUGCUUAAAAUACACAAUUUGUCCAACACCCACCCUGUUACUGACAAUAAAUAGCCUACAUACUUCUGAGCCAGAUGUUUGGAUAUAAACCGUUGUCUUUGCGCCAGUUCACAGUAGGAGGUUUUUCAAGGCCCUCACAAAGCUGAUAAUUACUGCCUCUGAGUCAUUUCUCCGAGCGAGUUUGCAUACCGGUUAUUUUUACUUAUCACGCAAUAAUAAGAGGCAAUGUGUUUGUUCCUGG